GUAACUGAGAAAUUAGGUUCAUCUUUGAACGAUAAAAUGACUGCAUCAGUUAUCACAGCCGACCUCCUGAUUCCCGGCCGCGGACAACCCCUCAAUAAUGGGGCGAUUGUUUAUGAAAAUCGCCGCAUAACAUGGGUUGGAGCAAAAUCAGACAUUCCUGAGGCAUACAAAUCCCUCAAUGCCACGCAUGUUCCGAUCCUGAUGCCGGGUCUGUGGGAUUGCCACGUCCAUUUUCUCGGCAGUCGUUCUUACAUCACUGAGGUUCUAUAUCGAGAAUCAAAAGUUUUAGCAGGUGCUCGAGCAGCUCGCGAUGUUGCAGAAGUACUGAAUGCUGGAUUCACAAGUGUUAGAGAAGUUGGAGGCUACGGGAUAUAUCUCACUAAGGCAAUCGAAGAAGGCUAUCUUGUUGGUCCGACAAUUUAUGGAGCAGGAAGUGUUCUCAGCCAAACUGGUGGCCACGGAGAUGGCCAUGCCGUCCCACUCGCAGAGUACCAAGAUGCUUGUGCAAAUGGACUGUUCUUCGAACUUUGUGAUGGUGUGGACGGAUGUAUUAAGGCUGUCCGAAUGCAGCUCCGCCAGGGAGCCAAGGUGAUCAAAAUAUGUGCCAGUGGCGGAGUGUCCAGCGAGAUUGACCAUCCAAAACACCAGCAAUUCACUGACGCCGAGCUAAAGGCGAUGGUCGAAGAAGCUCAUCGAUCGGAAAGAAUCGUUGCUGCCCACUGCCAUGGUAAAGCCGGCAUCAUGGCAGCAUUACGCGCGGGGUGUUCAACAAUCGAACAUGGAACAUAUCUAGAUGCCGAAGCAAUCGAGGUAAUGAUUAAGCAAAACGCAAUUCUGGUUCCAACGAGAACGAUCCAACAGAGUGGUCUGAAAAUGAAAGAUUCAUGGACGGAAAGUGGUUACAAGAAGCUUCAAGCUGUGGCAAAGGAACACAAAGAAGCAUAUAAGCUGGCUGUCAAAUCAGGUGUCAAGAUUGCUCUUGGAACUGAUAUUGGAUUCAGUGUUAGUGGUACGCCGCUCAGUCAUGGGAGUAAUGGCAGCGAGUUAGUGUAUGCUGUCGAGGCUGGACUUUCACCUCUUCAGGCAAUAGAGGCGGCCACUGCCAAUGCUCCCGAGACAUUAGGCCUUCAAGCGCCUCUGUCAGGUCAGCUUAAAGAGAGAUAUGAUGCGGAUUUUAUUGCUCUAUCUGAAAAUCCACUGGAGGACAUUCAGAUUAUGGCAGAUGCGAAAAAUGUUACUCACGUGUGGAAGGGGGGAAAGCUUUUCAAAGCUCCCACUAGAGAUAUUUUCUUGCCUUCUCAUCUAGCUCUCAAAUAUUAG